AUGAAUCAAGUGUCUCAAUCCAUGAUUGAAGUUCCAGAACGGUUUGACCAGGAAUCGCACAAUGCUUUAGAUGAUACUGUGACCGCAGCAAUAAUGAAUCGAUGUACAGUCAGUGAGGUUAUCGUGAAUGCGUUAUUUUCGCACACUCGAUCUAUGUAUAACAGAAGUAUCAAGAGACAAGAUCUUUCCAAGGAU